GUUUUCAUUCAAUACAAUGUCGCGUCCGAGCAUCAUUUCCAAUUCUUUUUCAAAUAGUUCAUUUCUUUUCUUCUUUACUGUUUCGUGGGUUGUGUUGCAAAACGCUUGCAUUAUGAUGCUCAGCCAUAAGAACACAGUCAAUUUUGUUGGCAUCUUCUUUAUUACCUCGAAAUUCUGAAAAAAAAAGCAACGAGAAAUUCAAAAUUCAAUUUUGAAACAAUAAUUUACAACAACAAUAAUUUCUUGAUAACAUCAUUUAAUUACGAGUAUAAUACCACAUAGUAGUACAUAGUUACAUCCACGAAGUGGUUAAAAUCGAAAAUGUACUUAUUUAUGUACUAUGAGGGAUUAUUAAAACUUCAUUUUGAAUACGAUAAUUUCGCUACGUACUCGCGCGUAUGACUCCUCGAUCCGUAAAUAGCAUUUAUUACUUUAUUAAUAAACCGAUGAUCAUGAUCAAUGCGGGCAACGCUCCGGUCCACUAAGCGUCAGUAUUCACUUAAACACGUUACAGAUCGUACGUCUCACUGUCUCAGUAUUGCUGCAUAGAGUAUGUUUGAAAUAAUAUUAUUCGCUUCCUUCGUCGUCUGCAUCGUAGCCGAUCCGCCUGACAUCAACGAAUACCAUAGAAGAAGGAAUACUCUCUCAAGAAAUGAGCUAAGAUUGACCGUUGGCGGUAAUAUGACGCUUAGCGACAAAGAAAGCGAAGUAAACAAUUGCAUUAUGCAACUUAAAUUCCAAGAAAUUGAUUACGCGUUCGAUCACCCGCGCUAUUACAAUUUUUCGCAACACUACUUCAAAUACAAAGACACAAUGAGAAAGAGGAGACUGUACCAGAUUUUGAAGGUUAUGCCAAAGGGAGCGUUGUUACACGUGCACGAUAUGUCUUUGCUCGGACCCGAUUAUCUCAUGAACAUCACGUACAUGCAAGAUCUUUACGUGUGCCUAUACAAAGAAAUAGUCGGAUUUCGUUUCUCGAGCAAAACACCCAACACGCCUUGCAAAGGGAAAUGGCAAGAUAUUUCUAAAGUGCGAUCCUCGGUAGAAAACGUUACGAAGUUCGAUGAAGAAUUGCGGAAACAUUUCACGCUGGUGGUCGACGAUCCAGAUACAGUAUACGGAUGUAUUACGGAUACAUGGACUAAGUUCAUGGACUACUUUCUUACUGUUGAUCCGUUGCUAACGUACCGGCCGGUGUGGGAGAAAUAUUUCUAUGACGCCUUGAUGAAGUUUAGAGAGGAUAACGUUUUGUAUGUUGAAUUUAGGAGCGUCUUACCGAGCCUGUAUGAACUCGACGGAACUGCGUUCGACCCUGUUGUAACCGCAAAAGCAUACAGGAAGGUUAUACGAAAAUUCGUCAAAGAUUAUCCUGAUUUCAUAGGAGCCAAACUAAUAUAUGCGCCAUCGAGGAGAGUGAACCGAAGCGUUUUGUCAACGUAUCUCCAAAUAGCCAAAGACGUCAAGAAGGACAUGCCCGAUAUUUUUGCUGGAUUCGAUCUAGUCGGACAGGAGGAUCUGGGAGAGCCUUUAAUCGAAUUCGCACCCCAGUUACUGGAAGCCAGCGAGAGCUUGGACUACUUCUUCCACGCCGGUGAAACUGAUUGGCUGGGAACGUUAACGGACGAGAAUUUGAUGGACGCUAUUUUAUUGGGUGCGAAAAGGAUUGGACACGCCUACGCUUUGGCCAAACAUCCUCUGCUGCUAGAGGAAGUGAUCAAGAAUGAUAUUGGUUUGGAAAUCAAUAUAAUAUCGAAUGCGGUGCUGUCAUUAGUACGCGAUGUCAGGAAUCAUCCUUUGAGUACGUUUCUGUCUAAAGGAUUACCUGUGGUUAUAUCAAGCGACGAUCCAGGAGCAUGGGAGGCGGAACCCUUGACGGACGAUUUCUAUGUUGCUUUUGUUGGAGCGGCCAGCCGACUCGCCGACUUAAGACUACUGAAACAAUUAGCAUUAAAUUCGUUUAUUUACAGUUCAUUCGAAGAUCGCCAGAAGACAGAAGCGCUAAGGAGAUUCAAGAGAAAUUGGGAUAGUUUCAUCAAUAAUUUUAAGUGUCCUCUGUAAUAAAUCUUUAUGUUACUUCUUAGUAAUUACAUAUUCACCUGUAGGUUGUAUGCAUUCGACUAUUCGAAUAUAAAUAAUUUUUAUAAUAAAUAAAGUUUUUAUAAGUACUU